GCGAGAUUCUCAAGAGCGGUACCGCGUCUGUAGAGGGCAUCAUUAUGAAUACCCCAUUCCCUUUCAUUCUGGAUGACUCUGACCUUUGUCGUUAUACACAACCCGCAUGUCCCCUCCAACCUUCAGAGACCGUGUACACAUAUACAAACACCGUACCAGUAAAGCCGCAUUACCCACAGGUAACUGCCAUAGUGAGGUGGAAACUUAUGGCAGCUGGAGGGAAAGCCGUAUGCGCAGAAAUUCCUGUCGAGAUCGGGGACUCUUCACGCUGA